GAGUGCUGGCUUUCUCUUAAAGGGUGUGUGCGUGCGCCCAGGUGGCUUGGCCUAUGUGCGCUAGUUACUUGCACGCUUUUCUUGAGUCUCAAACACGGAGCUCUAGUAAACUGCAGGGGCGGAUUCAUCAAUUACAGUUGCGGAAGAGACUCGACUCAAAAAGCAGUCCGCCCCCAGGGCUCUCGCAGCAGCGCCCCCAGCGGGCGGGUGUCUUGGGCAGGGAAACCGCAGAGGGCUGACGCAGCUCAGCAAGCGGCGCGCCGCUUCAGGACCGAAGCCUCGGUAUGCAAGCGAAAAACAAAGAUCCUUUGCAGCCUACUAAGGAAGAUAGGACUGGGAAGGCCCAGAAUGAUGCUUUCUGGCUUCAGUCACUUAUUAUGAAUGCAUUCCAUGAUAAAGGAUUUCAGAAAAUAAAAGAAUACUUUCAACAGAAAGAGAGCCACUGUCCUCAAAAAUAUAAUCAUCUUCUAUUACACCGUCUUAACAGAUUAAUAAAUAAGGAACUAGAUAAAAAUGAAUUUCAGUCUGUGUCACUGUUGCUGAAAUGUAUUCAGCGAUUCUUCAUAGAUGGCCCGAAAGAAGAUGAACCUUUGCUAAUUCAGCAGGGACUGAUCCCAAAGAUAAUUUCCUGGUUUGAAAGAACAACAGGAAUUCUGACCUUGGAAGGCCUAGCCUCAGACACAUCACUGAUUCAUGUUAUAGAAGACUUCUUUGACACUGCAUUGAUUAUUUCCAGGAGUAGUAGUGAAGGGAAAAUUCAGAUGUUGGAUUCCUUCCUACUUAGCUUAGGAUUCCUGGUGACAGAAAAGACUGUAGAUCAUUUGAUUCGACAGGAGGGCUUGAAGACUUUUAACUGCAUUUUGGACGCUGUCCCUCGGGAAGAAAGAAAAAAAUUCCCUUUGUCAGAACGCAUGUGUCAGCUUAUGAAAGACCUUGCAAGGACACUCUUGACUGUGGGUGAUUAUGACCAGCAGGUUGCUAUUUCUGAAGCGCUGUGUAGACUGACGAUUAGAAAUUCAAGGGAGGAACUUGUCCAUAAAUGGUUUGAUGAUGAAGUCAUUGCCGAAGGUUUCAAAGAAAUUAAGGAUCGAGAAUUUGAGACGGACAGUAGACGUUUUCUCAAUCACCUAAACGACAGACUCGGUGACCAAAGAAGGGUGUAUUCAUUUCCGUGUGUUGCUGCUUUUGCUGAUGAGCAUGAGAUGAGAAAACCAGCGGAUGAAAAAUUAGAGAAAUUUUGGAUCGACUUCAACCUGGGAAGUCAGAGUGUCACUUUUUAUAUAGACAAUGCUGAGACUACUCUAUGGGACUCAGUGACACUUCCGAAGGAAGCAGUGAUGAAUUUCGGCAUAAUAGAAACUGAGAAGAUAAAGAUAUUUAUAAUUUACCUCAAGAAGCCCAUGAUUAUCAGCUACAAAGAAGUCAUGAAAAUAGAAAUCCAUUUUGAUUUGCAGUUCAACAUAUCAGAAGCUUCCAUUCAAGCUUUAGGAAAAGAUAAACAGAUGUCGCCUGACCAGAUGAAAAUCUCCUCAGAACUUUUUAGUAAGUCUGAUAAAGAAGACAGGGAGAAUCCCAGUGGCCAUGAAAGAGAAACAGAGCAGGCAGAAGAAUCCACCAACGUGGUAGAGUUUAUGAGUGCUGAAGAUGACCGCUGCCUAAUAACUCUCCGCUUAAAUGACCAACCUAAGCCACCCGUGAGUACAGGGAGUGGGGCUCAAGUCAUCCAGCAUCUCUUCUGUUGCAAACGUUUUAUUAGAAAGGAUUUUGUCAUCCUGUACAACAGCAACUUGAAGUCUCAUUACAGAAAACAUCUCUUCUCUGAGAGUGAUCAAGAUUCGAGUACCAGUGAACUGUCUUGGAUCAGUAACCAAAAAAGGAAAUCCCUAAAAUCAUAUUCUGGUAGAAAGAAGACAAGAACCAGAAGUAGUAUGAGCAUCUUGCCAGUUUUCCCUCCCAGUAGUGGCAGUGACCGUGAGAAAGACCAAGCUAAGCUUCUGUCACCAUCACAGAAAGACAUACCCAAUCAAAAUAACACCGUAUCUCCAGAGACUUCUGAAAAAAAAUUCCAAGAUAGUUUUGCUUUUUUGACUCCUGAAGAUUCUGCCCAGAAAACAGAGCUUCAAGGUCCUCACUCGCUGAGCAAGCUCUCUUCCUUGGAGCACCCAGAUGAAGAAAACAUAUCUAAGAUUGUGAACCAAGAAUCGCUAAUGGAAAGUACUAGCUUGAAACAUAAGCUGCAAAACUUGGAAGACAGAGACAUACCAGAAGGUAGUUUUGCUAAGUCAAAACAAUCAAGAUUGGAAGAAGAGGUUGCUCCGGGAUCCCCUUUCUCAAUAACAGAAGAAAGAGAGUUGCCAGAAGGAAUUUCCACUUCAUCCCUAGAAGUUGUGCCGGAGAACUUGAACGAUUCUGCCAUUCUCCCAACCUUUGAAAACUUGUCUAGAAAACUGGAAAGAAAAUACGAGCUUAGGUACGGAAAGCGUCCACUUGAUUCGGAAAAUGCAAAGAAAGCACCAGAUUGCCUAAUAGAACUUCUAAACCAGAUGCAACUGUACAGACUCAAUAAACUAGAGCGCUUUCAAAAUUUGGUUCUUCAAGAAUUGAGCAGUCUUAAGAAGGAUAUUCAGGCCCUGGAACACCUUGAGAAGGAGGUUCUGGAAUUCUGGGGGAAACAGUCAGCUGAUCUGCAAUCUUUCUGUGAUCUGCAAGUGCUAAGGUUCAAAUCAACUCAGACUUCAUAAGGAAGCCAAAGCCUGGUUUUGUGAUUGCAGCCCUCAGCCUGGGCUGCCUGAAGACGAAGAUAAAGAGCAAGGUUACUGCGGGCUCAGGCCACGUUAGCCAGACUUCCGUGCUCUGUAUGCAUUCAGUUUCCCCCCCUUCAAACAGCAUUCCUGGGAACUGCUGAGUUCAGACAGAAUAUAUGUUGGUAGUUUGCAAUUGAGUUAUCUAUUUGUUCAUAAAAAUGAACCUUUCUUAUUAAAUUUGGUCAGAUAGUGUUAACAGAAAGUUCAGGAUGUUAAACAACUUGGAGUGGUGUUGCUUUUUUUUAUAAUUUUAAAAGUAAAAUGGACUUUUUUUGUUGGAGAAAUGUCUUCAAGUUUUGUGUAAAUAAAACACUUUAGCAGCAUCUGUAUAAA